CUUUUAUGCCGUUCCGGUAUUCUCUUGAAUAUUUUUUGUGAAAGUGAUAAUUUCUCACUAAUAAAUUAACUUAGAUUUUAUUCUUAUUUUAUUUCCUUUAAACUUAAUUAUAUUCAACACAAUUAUGUGUAUUUAAAAAUAGUGUCAUCAGGAGUGAUUAAAGAAAGUGAAUUAAAGUGUAUAGUGAAGUAAUUAUAUUGGUUAACAUAUACAUUUACUAGAAUUCAUUUUGUGUUAUUUUGAAUAAUAAUUCUCUGCGUAAAUGUAUAUUUUGCAAAAAUAGACAUGUAUAUAAAAUGAAAACGCGGAUUUUCAAAUAAUGAAUCAUAAACGCAGUUGACACAGAUGCCAUGCGAAUUUUGACAAGUUCGUAGAAAAGACAAUGAACGACAUUGAUACUUUCAUCAUGGAUAACUCUAAUUGUUCUAGACAAUUGAAAUUUGGCAUGGAUCGCAUAUUAUCGAAUGAAAUUUGCACGAGAAAAACAGAUAUUCUUAAGCCAUUUCCAAUACAACGCCCACCCGUAUGUUGUCCCUGCAUCGAAAGUUGCGAGCGAUGCGAAAAUGUCAAAACUUGCAUUUCAUUCUCGCAUAUCCAUUCAUCAUUACCUGAGGGCAUCACAUCUGCAUCUUAUACUGGACUAAUGGAGAGUUUAAGUACUUUAUAUCGGCCAACACCGUUACGCCCCGUGCCAAGAGCACUUAUUUCAUCUUCUUCGACGGUAAAUUCUUCAGAAACAAAUACACGAAGAAAAAGAUCGUGGUCUAGAGCCGUCUUUAGUUCUCUACAGCGAAAAGGUUUAGAAAGAAGAUUCUCCCUACAGAAAUACAUCACGAAACCAGAUAGGCGACAAUUGGCAGCGACUUUGGGUCUAACCGAUGCACAGGUCAAAGUUUGGUUUCAAAACCGUCGGAUGAAGUGGCGGCAUACGAGAGAAAAUGAAAAUGUUGCUUUAGCCGGUCCAGAUUCCACACAAAAAGAUUUUCCGCAAAAAUUAGUUAAAUCCAUCACCAAUGACACGACGCAACAAGAAGAAGAUAUACAAAUCGAUUAGAUUCGUAUAAGAUUUGUAAAAAAUUUCCAUAUACAUAUAUAUUAUAUAU